AUGGGCUGCUGGCCACCAUCUUUUGCCUGUUUGCGGCUCUCUUGGUGGAAUUUGCCGCUGUUUCAUAAAAGGUCUGCGUUUUUUUUCUGGCCUCCGCCUGGGCUGCGUCUUCGCCCUCUGCCUGGAGGAGCAAUUGCACACUGUGCGAGCUCGCGUUCUUUUUCCUUUGGCCUUCUGCAGUCAAAAUUUUCCCCUUUCUUCACCAGAUUCCACCAAGGAACAAUGACGGCAAAUUCACAUUUCCUGCAGAAGAUGAGGGAAGAAGACCCUGGCAAAGAAUACGCGACAGCAUACAUUGCAUUGGGAUCCAACUUGCAGGGGGAUGCUCGACUAGGCAUCAUUGAAGAAGCGAUAUCCGAGUUGGGGCGGUGUCUAGGACCCAUUCUGGGCACAUCGUGCCUGUACGAAACCGUUCCAGCCUUCGACGUUUGUCCGAAAGGCGUCGUGCACGACGUCUUCCAUCCCUUUUACCUGAAUGCCGUCGUGAAACUCCGCACCCCCAUUACGGAUCCCUGGUACGUGUUGGAAAUUCUUAAAAAUCUAGAGGCGAAAACGGGGCGCCCACUGCCAACUCCUGAAGACAUGGAGGCGGCGCUGAACGACUGCACCUCCUCCGGAGAGGCUACCAAUGAGGACGUGCCUGGGCAAGGGAACAAGGGAGCUUCGCGGAAGGGCGACUGGAAAGAAGCGCUCAAAAAAGACAAGUACGUCCGCGGUGCUCCCCGGCUCCUUGACCUUGAUUUGCUUUUCUUUGACAAGAACGGAAGAUCCGUUGUUAUACACCCUGAUGUGCGUCCCGUCGACAAACAGUGGCCUCUGACACUGCCGCAUCCGCGAAUUAUCACGCGAAAUUUCGUCCUGUUCCCUCUGUGCGACCUCGAUCCGGAGUACAUACACCCCGUGGAGGGAAUGUCUGUGAAGGAGCUGCUUCGCAUCAACCUGGAGCGGCGCCGCAUUCAUUUGCUGAAUGCCGCGGAAGAAGCCCGGCAAACACAAGAAUUGGCGGCAAAGACGAAUAGCGAGACCUCCGGUGACCACAUCGCGUGCUCGCACCGUUGCGCACCGGCGGCAUCCCUUCACUUUGUGCACAACUACAGAAUUGACGGUUCGCUGGCCAUUCCGCGGCGGUGUUUCGCAGCGACGACUGAAGAGCUCUGGACUCUUGGUGGCGACGCCGGCAUCGUAGAUACCCUCUUGUACAUUGAAGAUGUCAAGACACACGCGGAUCAGAUAAUCAAGGUUGGUGGCGAGGAAGCGCUGUCGGAGGUGCAGCGGACGCAGCUGCUCCGUCUGCAACGCCUGGAGAAGACCCUGCGUGAGGAACAUCCGCUGAAGCUCAUGGGGAUUCUGAACGUCAGUCCAGACUCGUUCACCGAUCACUUUUCUGCGAGCGUCGACGAGGCUGUUGCCGCUGCAGAGGCCAUGGUAACUGACGGCGCAGACGUGGUCGACGUCGGAGGCGAGGCCACGAACCCUUUCAGGGUGGCCGGCGAAGUUCCGCUUGCAGUCGAAAGGGAACGGGUUGUUCCCGUUGUGCAAAAGAUCUUGGACAAACUCGGCAACCGCGUCAUCAUUUCCGUUGACACCAUGAAGGCCGAAGUCGCGAGAGAUGCUGUCACCGCCGGAGCGGACUGGGUGAACGACCAGACCGGAGAGAGCAGGAAGGGAGGGGACGGAGACCCGCUUUCCUUCGUUGUUGGCAACUCGACCACCGUCGUGCUGAUGCACAAACGCGGCACUCCCGACACGUUUGACGGUUAUCAAGACUACGACGACGUGGUACACGAGGUCGGUUCGUGGUUGGCCAGCAUGAGCGAGGCUCUUCAGCGAGGCGGCGUCGGCAGGUGGCGGAUUCUCGCGGAUCCCGGCUUGGGAAUCUCCAAGAAUCCUGAGCAGAGCUUCGAGCUGGUACGGGGCGUUCAGCGCAUCAAGCAGAUGUUGCCGACAGGCAUUCCCCAGCUUCUCGGCUUCUCCAGAAAAAGAUUGGUCGGGUGGGGUGUCGGUGAAUCCGCGCAAGAUAGGAAAGGUCCCCCGACGACUGAAACCGUCGAAGGUCGUCGAUGGGGAGGAGCAGCAAUUGCUGCCUGGUGUGCUGCAAACACAGACGCGGUGACCGUCGUCCGGACGCAUGACGUGAAGGACACUCGGCUCGUCCGCGACGUGACUGAGAGGAUUCAAGGAGUGAAAAGCACGAUUAACCUGAUGGAGAAAGAGCCAGAUAUGGCUCCGUUAUACAGCUUUUGGUGAUACUCAGCGAAUCUCGUUCACGUAGUAAACGAGGCUGAUUUCUGUUGCGUGUGUUGUUUUCUUAUAGAGGGAGUCUUGACCAUUGUCUUACUUGCAAACGGUAGUUGAACUAGCGCAAUUUUUUUCAUGUCCAAGAGCGCAUCGAGUUGCUUCUGUUGGAGUCUUGGCGAGUCCAUGUGAUGUGAGGAGCUUGACUAAACGAUCGUUUCGACCACCACAACGGCGAACCAUGCUCACUUCUGUGGUGCUCACAAGAACCACCAUCAUUCGUUGCUGCCGAAUGGACCGAUUUAUGUGCUGACACGGAUAUCUGAAAUUGCCUGGCGCUACACCGGUGAAGAUUUCUGGCAAGAGCCUCCAUAACCUGCGGGUGUUAUCUGAGUUCUGUCCGACAGCUGCAUUAGCAGCCACACAACUCAAGCUUUACAGGCAUGCUUGCC